AUGUUUUUGGAGCUUGUUUAUGGAAUUUCAGUGGUUGAAGACGAAAAAAUCUCGGAACUUUUGAAAUUGGCCGACUUUUUCAAUUGUCAAACUGCAAUCGACAGAUGCGAGGAAUUCCUUUUUUUCCGGUCUCAUCAACCAUUCGAAUUCAAGUUCCAAACGGCACUCAAGUAUAAAAUGGAAAAAUUGAAGGUGAAAUGUUAUUCGGGACUCAGCAAGAACACCGAUUUCAGUGGUUUAUCACCACAAGAUGCGCAUGAUUACAGUCCAGAUGAUUGGAAGGAGCUGUUUGAUAAAAUUGUUUCACUUAAAUAA